UGUGCAUGCAGAUAUUGUGUAGACCCCUCUGUGCUCAGACGCCUAAAUUACCCUGCCUGCACAGUAGUCACCGAGCCAUACCCGAGAGUGUUAUGUGCACAGUAACGAAAUCCGAGCUCUUCAGAUAUAUACAGAAAAAAAAUCAUUCAAAACAGUUGCCCGUUUCUUUCUGCCAAUAUUUCGUACUACCAUCACACUAAAGGCAUGAGUGCAUGAUCGUCAUGCAUAAAGUGCCUUCAUAACGUAGAAGAAACAGAGGAAUCUUAGAUAGUCUUGUGCAGUGUCAUAGAUCAGGACUUUGCUGGUGUGCAUUGACAAGGCUAUUUUGUAGAUACCCCGUCACGAUCUAAUGCCCUUCAAGGACAGAACAACCCAUAUAUUGGCGAAUCAGUGUCGAGAUGUUACUGCUGAAAGGUCCAUGGAUUGCUGUACCUUGGAUCACUGUCUCGUAUGCCUCUAAGUUGUGUUAUCGUUGGGGCUACAAGGCCUUGUACUGCCCCGACAUAUGCUGUGGUACCAUCGACAACAGACACUGCUGUGGAAAUGGAAGCGACGGCGGCAGUAGCAUCACGUCGACGUCGUACAGCUGGGUCGCUGCUGUUGGGCUGAUCACCUUGAUGGUACUUAUCCGCUGCUGCUAUUGUCUCCGGUCAAGAAAACAACGUCACAAUGAAAACAACCCCUCCCUCAGACCUUCCGUCAUAUCCACAGGCUCGCUGCCGCCUCCACCUGCACUCAACAGAAGCCACGCCUACCCUGACCAGCCUCCUGCUUACUACCCAGGAAUGGCACAGCCACCCCCAUCAUACGCUGAAGUAAUGGCUGGAACAGCCUACCCACCGACGGCAGAGUCAUCGUGUCAACCAGCACCAAGAACGUGCCCUCCACAGACAGAUUCUCUGUGUACUGCCUGAAAGCAGAACACAUCCAUGUGUUUAUAGUAUCUGUUGUGAUGCAGUUAACUGUUCCGAACAACGUAUUACUGUCAUGCUAUGUGAGAGGGAAGACUUUAAAUCAAUAAACUGUACAUCAUUGUGGGGAUACGGGUGGUCCCGUGGUUAAUGGUGAGGUCCCACUGAUCGUGGAUUCGAAUUUCAGGAUUUUCUUGAUGAUGUUGCGUGUAUCUGUCAUCACUGCACACCCACACACCCACACACCCACCCACACACACACACCCACCCACACACACACACCCACACCCACACACACCCAC